AUUAACUUUUUUUAAGUUAUAGAAAAACUUUAGCAGUAUUUCUAGUAAAAAAAGAAAAAAAAAAGACAAUAGAUUAAUGAUGGAUUUUGAUAAUGAUGAGUCAUCACUUUUUAAGACCAUGCCUAAUUACGGUAAAAUGAAAAAAUAAAAUAAAAAAAACAGGAGUGAAGAGGUUAAGAAGAGAGAAAGGUAAAGUAAAGUUUCUUUUGCUUUCCCUUUUGUGUGUGUGUGUGGUUUCAUUCUCUUCAUCUCUCUUUCUCAGUCUUCCCCUUCUGCUAACGAACGCUCUUCUUCAUCUCCGUAAUCGAUUCGUCUCUCCGAAGAAGAAGAAGAAUCUGAACGUGUUUUCAAUCUCAAGCUCCCUUAGCUCCUCCACCACCUUUCUUUUAUAGUCCGAAACAAUGGUUUGAUUUUGCGAGAGGGAGGAUGGUGAAGUUCUCAGGUUGUUGUAGGAGUUUUUUUUUGCCAGCAGCCUUGGUACUGUUCAUAGCUUCUGACUAACUUGUGCCUGGCUUUGUUGAAAUUGAAUAACUCUCCAGGGCUAGUUAGCUAUGGGCUCUUUACAGACUGUUUCUUGGCUUAAGGGCUGUUUGGUUCAUCGCUUCUUGCUAUUUAUUAUCUGGCUAUCAAGCUUCCAAGAUGUAGCCGCUGCACAUUAUGAGACUAACGAGCAUACUAGCAAAUCCACUACCGCUGAGUUAGCAAACCCACCUGGUAUCGGAGUCUCCGGUCCCAUUCAAGUAUCCCCAUCCGUCAUCCCCAAAUACACAUCCCCUGCUCUCCCUUGGACACCACCAAUGUACCCUACUUUCCCUGACACAUACGAACCAAAGCUAACCGGAAAAUGCACCGCAGACUUUCAAGCAAUCUCAAGCAUUAUCAACACAGCAGCCUCAGAUUGUUCCCAACCGUUCGCCGCACUCGUUGGAAACGUGAUUUGCUGUCCACAGUUCGUUAGCUUGCUACAUAUCUUCCAAGGACAGCAUGACGUGAAGUCGGAUAAGCUGGUUCUCCCUGAUGCGGUUGCUGCAGAUUGUUUUUCAGAUAUCGUUAGCAUCCUCGUCAGCAAGAGAGCCAACAUGACGAUACCUGAACUUUGCUCUGUGACUUCCUCGAAUCUAACUGGAGGUUCUUGUCCGGUGCAAGAUAUCGCAACGUUCGAGAAAGCUGUCAACAGUAGCAAGUUGCUGGAUGCCUGUCGCACCGUUGAUCCUCUUAAGGAGUGUUGCAGACCGGUUUGCCAAGGUGCUAUUAUGGAAGCUUCGCUUAUCAUCUCGGGACACCAAACGACAGGGGGUGGUGAUAAGAUCCCUUUGGGAGGAUCAAACAACGUCAACGCUCUUAACGACUGCAAAAAUGUGGUGUUUUCGUAUAUUUCAAGGAAGCUGGAAGCAGACAAAGCCAACACAGCGUUUAGGAUAUUAUCUUCCUGCAAAGUUAACAAAGCUUGCCCUUUGGAGUUUAAGGAGCCAACAGAAGUGAUCAAGGCUUGCCGUAAUGUGGCUGCUCCAAGCCCUUCUUGCUGUAGCUCGUUGAAUGCGUAUAUCUCUGGGAUACGGAACCAAAUGCUGAUAACAAACAAGCAGGCCAUAGUGUGUGCAACGGUCAUAGGUUCUAUGUUAAGGAAAGGUGGUGUGAUGACGAAUAUAUAUGAGCUUUGUGAUGUCGAUCUCAAAGAUUUCAGUGUCCAAGCAUAUGGAAUGCAACAAGGAUGUCUUCUGAGAAGCUAUCCAGCAGACUUGAUAUUUGACAACACGACAGGGUACAGUUUUACAUGUGAUUUGACGGAUAACAUAGCUGCGCCAUGGCCAUCUUCAUCGUCAAUGUCUUCUUUGUCGCUCUGUGCUCCUGAGAUGUCAUUACCGGCCUUGCCAACAUCUCAGACUCUUAGGAAUCACGGGUUUCGCGGAGGUGGUGCGUUUGGAGCGUUGCGUCUCAUUAUCAUUUUGGUGUUUAUGUUGUAUGGUGUUGUUAGACAUUAAGAAUGAGAUUUUUUUUCUUUUUCUUUUAAAUUUGUUUGGUAGGAGGACUCUAUGGAUGGAUGGAUGGGGAAGGCUCAUAUUUGUAUUUUCUUCUUGUGUAUAUGUUUUUGUUGGUAACAACAGAGUGUAAUGUAGUAAUUAAUAUGUCUUCUCAUUCUCUCUCUCUCAUGUAUAUUAUCAUUUUUCUCCA